AUGCAUAUUUGGCAAAUGGAGAUGUAUCCGUGUGGUGAUCGACGACUACCACAUCAUAUGUUUCCACCGAAACGCUUCACACCGGAUCAACUCAACUCACUCACUGGCAUUGUUUACUAUCAUGUGGAUCUGGAGGAUGCGAAUGCACUUAAAAAACGUAUAUCAAAAGUGAAAACCGAACGAAAUAUGCCUUUUAGUGAUGUAUUCACUAUAAAUUCAUCAGUAAGCGGUCUCGAACAAAAGUUAGAUGAACUGUACGAACCGGUUAAAAGAGAUGACGAUUCAGGGUAUUUAGUGAUGGAGGGUAGUGCAUAUUAUGAUGUAGAGAUUGAGGAGGAUGAGUGGAUUCGGAUCAAUGUGGAGAAAGGGGAUUUGUUGGUGAUUCCGAAAGGCAUUCCGCAUCGUUUUGCCAUCACUCCAAAGAACCACGUUCUCGUACAGCGCUUUUUCGCAGCUGAACAUACAGAGCCACGCUGUGAUCGGGGAUAA